AUGACAGACUUUGAAAGGAACCUCCAUCAGGACAUGAUUUCUCAGCUGCAUAAUUUUGCGGCUGUUGGAGAUGCAGCCAAAUUGAAAGCAUUGCUCAGUCAUUCUCCGUCGCUUAUCAAUGCAGCUGCAGAUAACGGCUGGACAGAAAAUGGACACCCUGAGGUUGUGCGGAUUCUUCUUGAAGAAGGGUGUGACAGGUCCAUCGUUAAUAAAUCAAGGCAGACAGCUCUGGACAUUGCUAAAUUUUGGGGAUACAAUCACAUAGCUAAUUUGUUGGCUAAUGUGAAGGGUGGGCAGAGGCCUAAUUUUCUGUCAAAUGACAUGAAAGAAUAUGAAAAUUAUUUUGGCUUGACACUUCUGGACAGAAGGAGUGAUAAAAGAAUAGAUUCCCAAUGGUUAAGCAAAAAACAAAACCAUCCAACUACAGUGUACAUCGUCUUCUCAAAUCUAAGUCCUUUCGUUACUUUGGGUGGCAGAAUAGAGAGUUCCCAGCAGCCAGAAGUAAAGCUUUGCAGGCUGUACCACAAGGAUGUGGAGCAGUGCAUGAACCGAACUGAAGAAGGCACCUUGAUUUUUCUUGGAGUUGAACUUCAGUUCCACAUGAACCUGCUGCCUGCUUGCAAUGGAAGAGUUCUGCAAGAAGAUGAAGAGGAUGGGUUAGUUGCUUGGUUUGCUCUUAGCGUAGAUUCUGCUGCUGCUGAGAAAUUUAAACAGAAGCACAAGGACUGUUACUUUCUUCACCCGCCAAUGCCGGCACUACUGCAGCUACCUGAAAAAGAAGCUGGAGUAGUAGCCCAGGCUAGAUCUGUUCUAGCAUGGCACAACCGCUACCGAUUCUGCCCAACAUGUGGGAGUGCAACAAAGAUUGAAGAAGGGGGUUACAAGAAAACGUGCCUAAAAGAAGAUUGUCCCAGUCUCCAAGGUGUUCACAACACAUCAUAUCCAAGAGUUGAUCCUGUUGUGAUAAUGCAAGUCAUCCAUCCAGAUGGGAACCACUGCCUUUUAGGUAGGCAGAAGAGGUUUCCCCCAGGAAUGUUUACCUGUCUUGCAGGAUUUGUAGAACCUGGUGAGUAA